AUGUCUAAAUUCACAAAAUUAUCCAUCUGCGCCAUUGUCGCCCUCUUCAUUAUUGUCACCAUUUCAUCCACGGCUUUUGCUGGAGAUGCACAACUUGUAGCUCGUCAAGAUGACCCAGCACCAUCCGAAACACCAGAUGCGUCAAUAAAAGUGACAAGCAAGGACGACGGUGCAGCACCAGAAAUUACACCAGACGCGACAGCAGAUGCGGCACCAGCUGAAGGCAAAACUCCUGCCGCAGUAGCAACUCCAGUCCCAUCCGGAACCGGACCUGGUUACGCAUCAAAAAUUGCUAGUGCCAUUAACUCUGUAACAGCCGGUGCAUCCAUGAUUCCACCACAACCAUCAUCUGCACCAAAAUACACUUCCGGCUCCGGCUCUGACGCUAAAACUGCUCCUGCAUCAAAGAGUGCCGCCAACAAGAUCGAAAGUGGUUUAAUCAGUGUUGCUGCAAUUGCUGCCGUUGGUUUAUUCUACUUGUAA